CUCCAACUUUUUUACCCCUCGAGUAGUGACUUCAUCCAUUGUGAUGCGCGAAAUGCGCAGAAAAUUCCAGUUCAUCGCGAACAAUUAAUUAAUUCUCAACAAUUGACGGUUGAAUCCAGAAAUUGUGCACAGCAAGAAAUAACAUCAAUAAACAUAAAAUGGCGGAUGAGGAUUGCGAAAAGCCGUUCGCUGUGGAGCGAGCGAAAACCGGUCGUGCCAAGUGCAAAAAAUGCAAGUGCCCGAUCGAUAAAGAUGAUGUGAGAAUAGCCAAAAUCAUGGCCAAUCCAUUUGGCGAUGGUAAGAUGAAGGCCUGGCAUCAUGUCGAUUGCAUAUUCGAUAUAUUCGGCAAGCAACGAGCGACCACGAAGAGAAUCGAGAAUCCUCCCGAGGACAUCGCGGGAUGGGACGAUCUAAAUAAUGCCGAUCAAAAAUUAAUCAUCGAGAAACUGGAAGAAUUCGAAGAUAAGGCUCCAUUCAAAGGGAAAAGACAGGCGAGUCCAAAUAAAACAGAGUCACCACGGAAAAUAUCGAAGAUAACGUCGACCUCACCUCCCAAAAUUAAUCCUAAAUCAUCGAUUAAGAAUGAAGCAUCUGGCUCAUUGCGUCGAGACGAUUUAUUUAAAGAAUUCCGGCGGGUCUGCGCCGACAUCGCGAAUGUUUCUGCAUACACUGAUAAAACUGCUGUUGUCAAGAAAAUGCUGAGGAAGGGCGCCGAUGGGAGUGGCUUCAAAGGGGACGUAGUGCUGUGGUGCAGGAUGUUAUUACCGAUGGCAGGCAAACGAAUUUACAAUCUCCAGAGUAAACAGCUCAUCAAGCUUUUUUCUCGUAUCCUUCGCCAGGACGAGGACGCGAUGCUGGAGGAUCUGGAGCAAGGAGACGUUGCAGAAACAAUAUCAACAUUUUUUGACACUAGCACAAAUUCCCGACCAUGCACUAGGAGUCAACUGACGUUGCAAGAGGUAGAUAAAUUUCUGGAGAAUCUGGCAACCCUGACGAGGGAAGACGAUCAAGUAUCCCAUUUCCAAUCCAUCAUUGACAACUGCACUGCAAACGAUCUCAAGAUGAUAAUCAGAUUGAUCAAGCAUGACUUGCGGAUAAAUUGCGGCCCAAAGCACAUACUCGAGGCCAUCGAUGCCGAUGCUUAUCAAGCUUUUCAGGUGUCCAACAAUUUGGAAUCCGUGGUCAAACGAUUUACUCGUCAGGAUGGAGAUCAACCGGGGAGUGAUCCUGGCACAUCUCGCUCACCUGUGAAGGGGAAAAUACUUCUCUCGUUGAUGACUCCAGUGCUCCCCAUGCUGGCGGAGGCCUGCACGUCCGUCGAAAUGGCGAUGAGGAAGUGCCCUAAUGGCAUGAUGUCGGAAGUCAAAUAUGACGGCGAGAGGGUCCAAAUCCACAAAAAAGGACACGAUUUCAAAUAUUUUAGUCGGGCCCUGAAGCCCGUUGUUCCUCACAAGGUAAGCCACUUCAAGGAUUACAUCCCAAAAGCAUUUCCGGAUGGUGAUGAUUUGAUUCUAGAUAGCGAAAUUCUGUUGAUCGAUAUGAAAACUGGACAGCCACUGCCGUUUGGUACCUUAGGGGUGCAUAAAAAAGCUCAAUUUCAAGACGCGAAAGUUUGCAUCUUCGUGUUCGACUGUCUGUAUUACAACGGCGAAGUGUUGAUCAACAAGACUAUGAGAGAACGACGAGCGAUAUUAAAUAAACGGAUGACGGUGAUUCCGAAUCGUGUGAUGCUUUCAGAAGUUGAAGAAAUCAAUGAUUCAAAAGAUCUGGCAGAGAUGAUAGCUAAAGUAAUAAAAAUGGGACUCGAGGGUUUGGUCUUGAAGGACGUGAAUAGUACUUAUGAGCCAGGGAAACGCCAUUGGCUAAAGGUAAAAAGGGACUACUUGUGCAACGGAGCAAUGGCCGACAGCGCAGAUCUCGUCGUGCUCGGCGCUUGGUACGGCACCGGCAACAAAGGCGGAAUUAUGUCGAUUUUUCUCAUGGGAUGUUACGAUAAAAAUCGCGAUAAAUGGGUAACUGUUACCAAAGUUCACGGGGGUCACGACGAUGCCACCCUCGCCCGACUCCAAGAUGAGCUCGACAUGAUAAAAAUCGGCAAAGACCCCAACCUGGUACCAAAAUGGUUGAUCGUUUCCAAACCGAUGGUACCGGACUUCCUAGCGCGCGAUCCCAAGAAACAACCGGUGUGGGAAAUAACCGGAGCGGAAUUUACGAAUCAGGGGGUUCAUACGGCCGAGGGCAUAAGUAUCCGUUUUCCCCGCGUGACCAGAAUAAGAGAUGACAAGGAUUGGGCAACAGCCACAUCCCUCGAUGAAUUACGAGUGCUUUUCAAAAAGCGCACCGACUCCAUCGAUUUCUCAUUAUUACUCGGUAACACGAGUGACACGAAAAAUACAAGAAGUAAAAAAGUUAAAAAAUUGGACAGCUACAACAUUAAACGAACGAAAGAAAUUAACGACGGGACUUUGGCUGACGAUAUUAAGCCUGAUGUUGGAAUAAUGGAUUAUGACGUAAAAAACGAGAGUGCACAGACCUGUGGAGAAUGGAAAAAAAAUGAUAGCGAGGGGAGCGAUAAUGCGGUUUUUUAUGCUUUCCUUAAUAAUGAUUACAUUGAGUACAGCGCGGAUGGGAGGCCCCUCAAUUGGAUAGAGGGCCGUAAACCAAAUGAAGGCCUUCCUCGGGGUGCAAAACCAUUGUCUGAGAGAGGCCCUGCGGAAAUGGAAAGGAAAGGAAUUCUCGGGAAAGUUCGAGCUGUCAUUAGUAAGAAUAUUGACGAAGAAAAAAGAGUCGUAUUGUCACGCACUCUGAAAACAUUGGCAGCUGCAGUUCUGGAGGACUCAUCCACUCGAUCUGAGGUCACUCAUGUAAUUUACGACAGAAUGGAAAUAGAUGAAGGGGAGCUGAGGGAGUAUGCAGCACCCUCAGCACUCCGAGUUAAUUCAUCCUGGAUAGAAUCUGUUGCUUCAUCUUCUUGUAACCAGGACGAAUCACCCCACGUCGUAACACUCUUGGCCAUUCGGUGUCACUGCCCGUGCACUUACCAUUGAUGAAACUCCAGGCCAUGAUAAAAAUUGAAUAGCAGGUGUUAACGUCCUUUUUUCUUAUUUCUUAAAGUCCCAUAAUCAUGCAAAUCCCGUUGAGUGAAUUUAAACGACACUUUUAUCUCCCAUCAAAAACCAACGCACGUUUACAACUUUUUGUCUGACUUCCCGUGCCGCAUUCCUGAGAUUUUUAUCAUGUACUUGACAAUUCAUAAUUUUCCGCAGAAAUAACGUACAAUUGUUUUCCUCUUCAUGUCCACCACAUGACCCUGUCAUAAUCAAUUUUAUUUACACAGUCGAGCUCCAGGAAAUCAGAAAUACAAGUGGGAAAUCUUAUAUAAAUUGUGAAGCUGUCUGGAUAUUCCCCCACGUCUCCAGAGUCCUGGCUCCGGUGGUUGGUUAUUACCCUCAUAAACUCAAAUGAUCUCCAUCAACUUUCCAGUAAAUGAUAAAUCAGUAUUUUGUCGUGACUAAUCCAGAAUAAUUGUGCCUUCACUUGUAAUUUCUCAAUAAAACUCCAGACAAAGUGAAA